GUUCAAGCAAUCGAACAGCGUCGAGCCAUUCUAGAUGAUACUCUGCUAUUUGACAUCCUGCUUACCCUUGGAGGAAUACGAGAGCCGGAUACACUUUUUCCACCAAACGAUGCUCCCGGUCUACAAAGGCUUCUGAACGCGAUCGCCGAGUCGACUUAUGAUGCGCUUAAGAAAGACUGCCUAAUUUACUAUCUGCUAAAAUGGCAUAGAGAUGGACGAGAAAGAAGGUUUCAAAGGGACCGUUUGAUUCCGCCACAGUUUGCGCAACUGGCAGAGGCGUACUGGUGUUUAGAUGCGGCGGUGAAUGUACCGAUUGCGGUAUCAUUACUUUCCGACUCGCGCUUGAAUCAGGACUAUUCUUCAAAAAUUCUACAAGCCAUAUCCACAGCAUCUGACAUUGACCCUCAUCCACUUGUUGUCGGAUAUGUUCGCACCGCGAAACCACUCCUCACUGAACCAGAUGAUCUGGACCUUUACCUGGUUGCCCUUGCUCAUCACGGUCUUUGUGAAGCUUGGAAUUUCCAACGGUCUUUCAGCGAACUGAGUCCUGCGCGCUCGAGGCUAUUUAAGAAGAUGCUCGAGUGGUGUGUGUCGCGUACGUCUCUGUUGUCCGUUCCUUUUCACUAA